UCUCUCUCUCCCUCUCUGCCUCACAAAUAACUAAUCUUCUUAAAAAAAUUUUAGCAACAGGAUGAUAGUUUGCCACCUUGAGGGAAUAGAGUACCAACUCUUAAUGACCAGUUUCAUGUUGUGAACAGCUAUGUUGAUAUAUAUUGAUAGCUAUGUUCAGAUAUAUGUUGAGUGGGUUGAUACGAGAACUUGAAGCAAGGAUCUUUUCUUGAAUUGAAGGAAUAAGCAAGAUCCCAUCAUUUUUCUGUGUGAAAACAGACAUAUGCCCCCCACUCUCACAUAACAAGGGAAAAUACAUUAUUUUUCUGUUUAAAGUCAAAUUGCAUUUUUAUAUGACACUAUAAACCAAGAGUAGGUCAAAAGCUCAAAAACUUUUGAACAAAAAAUGAGCCUCUAUGCCAACUAUAGAUUUGUUACCCCUGCUGCAUCCCAGGCUUAUACUAAGUCUUCCUAAAUAUUCUACAUUAGCAGCACACAUUUAUUCAGGAAAUAGUGAAUCUGGGGUCAGGAGGGCCAUUUCCCUAGUUAAGUUCCUCUGAAAAGUGAUAGAUAAAAUAUAAUAGAUUCUUCAAGAACAUUUUUGUCAAUGAUACAUUGAAAUUUUGAUUGUGGCUUACAUGUUGAUUAUGUCUUCAUGCUGACAAAAAAAUCUUAUAUUUCUAUGUGGUCAUGGAUGACAAUGGCCAAACCACAGGUGUUUCUCAGACACUGACAAUGUGCCAAGAACUCAUCCAGGAAAGAAGGCUUGCAUAUAAUCAUACCCACUUUCCUUCACCUAAACAUCCACCAGGUGUAGGAGUACAGGAGAUUCAGCAUCUGCUGUUUAUAAAUACAAAAAAAAAUGGUGGGACAAUGCAGAUUCACAGAAUGACUCAGUGGACACUGAGUAGUGGACUACUAGUGGACACUAGUAGCAGUACUUUCUGAGUGUGCUACAGAAUUAUCUUUCCUUUCUUCUCCUUCUUUAACAAAUGGGGAAGAUCACUAUCUAGUUACAUUUGAAAAAAUAAAAGAAAGAAAAAUAUUUUAUACUAUUCCGAUGGGUUAUUUGUAAAUAUGUAAGAAAGUCUACCCAUAAAAACAAGGGCAGCUUUGAUAUUCAAUCCUUUUGUAAAAGUGGUAAUCUGUACAAAGAAGCACAUUUGCAAAUGCAAACCUUAAACAUUACCGUCUUGGGUAUCCAUUUAUAUUCGAAGGGAAGUAACUAACUCAUGGAGGUGCAAUGGGACAUGUAAUACUGCUUGACCAAUGCUGCUUCUGUGGUUAACUCUCCACAUCUUGCAAAAGAUCUUUGCAAGAGACCACAAAAAAACAUCAUAACGACAUGGUUGAAUACCUCAAGUCUUGGUUAAUGGAUAAACUUAUUUUAAAUUGGCUUGUUACUGGUCUCCCAAGGCUUUCUAUCUUUGUUCUCUUUAGUCUAAUAACUGAGUCUUAAAAUGCCUGUAAGUAUGAACAAGCUGAUUUUAGUACUGGGAAUGUUAUGUUGGGAACAAAGUGAAUUUGUAACUCCUUCUCUCCCCCAAGCUCCCAACUGUGGGCAGCGUCUAAUUAAGACACGACCUUGGAGUAACUUUAACAUUUUCAGUCGCAUAGUUGGGGGAAGCCAUGUGGAAAAGGGCUCCUAUCCCUGGCAGGUGUCUCUGAAACGAAGGCAGAAGCAUAUCUGUGGAGGAACCAUCAUCUCCCCUCAGUGGGUGAUCACGGCAGCUCACUGUGUCACAAAGAGAAACAGUGUGUCAAACUUGAAUGUUACUGCUGGAGAACAUGACUUGAGCCAGACAGAGCCAGAAGAGCAAACGUUCGCCAUCAAGACUGUCAUUAUACACCCACAUUUCUCCGCCAAGAAACCAAUGGACUACGAUAUUGCUCUUUUGAAGAUGGCUGGAACCUUCCAGUUUGGCCGGUUUGUGGGGCCCCUGUGUCUUCCAAAGCCAGGGGAGCAAUUUGCAGCUGGAUUUAUUUGUACAACUGCAGGCUGGGGCCGCUUGACUGAAGAUGGUGUCUUCUCGCAAGUCUUGCAGGAAGUGAACCUGCCUAUUCUGAGCCAGGAGGAGUGUGUGGCAGCUUUGCUAACCUUAAAGAGGCCCAUCAGUGGAAAGACCUUUCUCUGCACAGGCUUCCCUGAUGGGGGGAGAGAUGCAUGCCAGGGAGAUUCAGGAGGUUCGCUCAUGUGCCAGAAUAAGAAAGGUGCCUGGAUUCUGGCUGGUGUGACUUCCUGGGGUUUUGGUUGUGGUCGAGGCUGGAGAAACAAUGGAGGCUGGAGAAACAAUGAGCAGGAAAAUGAGCAAGGAUCCCCUGGGAUCUUCACAGAUCUUAGUAAAGUGCUUCCCUGGAUCCACGAACAUAUCCAAACUGGGAAUCGGAGAAAGAGCUCCAGAGCCUCAUGCAGUGAGCAGGAUGGCGUAGUCAGCGGGUCUGAGGGGGAACUGCACUUCCCAGAAAGCCUCCACCUGUAUUAUGAAAGCAAGCAACUGUGUGUCUGGACCCUGCUGGUAGCACAGGAAAUGCAUGUGCUGCUCAAUUUUUCCCGCUUGGAUGUGGAGUCCUGUCAGCACAAUUACCUGUCAAUGUAUUCUUUAGAAGGCAGACUCUUUGGAAAGCUCUGUGGAGAAAGCCUCACCUCAGCCAUUCUUGUGGGUUCUAAUACCAUGAGGCUGGAGUUCAUGUCUGAUGUCACAGAUUAUGCUGCUGGGUUUAAUCUCACCUACAAAGCACUUAAACCAAACUACCUUCCUGAUUCAGGUUGCCAUUCUUUAACAGUCCUUUUUGAAGAAGGCGUCAUACAGAGUCUUCGCUAUCCUGAGAACUACAGUGACAUGGCUAACUGUAAUUGGAUUUUCCAAGCCCCCAAACAUCACCUAAUUAAGCUUUCAUUUCAGAGUUUUGAAAUAGAAGAAAAUGGAGACUGCACUUCUGACUAUGUGACAGUACACAAAGAUGUAGAAGGGAAGAAGGAAAUAGCACGGAUGUGUGGCUACGCUGUGCCCAGCCCUGUGCAGAGCUUCUCCGGGGUCAUGCUCAUCAGCUUCCAAUCAGAUGAAAACGGCAACUCCAAAGGCUUUCAGGCUACUGUCUCCUUCACUCCUGGAGCAGGUUUAAACAUCUCCACAUCAGAGGAUGAGUCACAGUCUCUGGAGACACAGAAAGUGCCACCUGGAGAAAUCAAUGCUCCUGGUAAACUGUUCUGGGGAAUGUGACGAAGUGAUACUCCUAGGGUACAUCCCAGGGUUGGCCCAGAGAAACAAGCAUGAUGGGUUGAACUAUGUCUUCCUCCCAAAACAAGUUGGAAUCCUAAUCUCUAGUGCCCCAGAAUAUGACCUUAUUUGGAUGCAAAUCUUUACUGAAUAAUCAAGUUAAAAUGAGGUCAUUAGGGUGGGCCUAAUCUAUUAUGACCAAUUUUUUUUUUUUUAUAAAAAGGGCAAAUCUGGAUGCAGAGAGACAGCAAGACACAGGAAGAACAGCACAUUAAGAUGAACAGCGCAGAGACAGAAGCACAGAAGUAAUCCAUCAGCCAGAGGAGAGGCAUGGGACAGUUCUCCAUUGCAGCCCUCAGAAAGAGCUAACCCUGCUGACAUCUUGAUCUUGGACUUCCAGCUCUGGAACUACGAGGAAAUAAAUACCUGUUGGUCUAAGACCCUCAGUUUGUGGUACUUUGGGACAGUAGCACAAGCCAAUGAAUACACUGGAAUUGGCUUGUACAAUUGUAGGGGGUUGACUAAGCUAAGUAACCCCACUGGGCAGAAAAUCAAAUAGGAGAAUCACAGAAGCACCAGAAUCCCACAGGCAUGGGCUGAAGUUGUCUCUAGUGGCAGAAUUUCUUCUCUCUUUUGGGGAAGUGGCAGCCCAGCUUUCAAGGCCUUCCAACUAAUAAUGCCAGGCCACUCAUACUACCCAGGAUGGUCUUCCUUACCUAAAGUCCACUGGUUAGGGGCUUUAAUUAUAUCUGCAAAGUGGUUGGCUGAAUAACUGCAUGCAGUAUUUUAGCCAAAAUGGCCAAAAGGCCACUGCACAGAGCUGAAUGGGAUGUGGUCAUUGUCCAUCUCGCUCAAAGGAACACUAAAAUAUUUCCAGUCACAAGAAUCAAAAUUCCCAUAUCACGUGACUCAUUUGGUGGGAAUAUCUAAAUUGUAUGCCUAAUUGUGGUCUGGCUCACAAGAUCUCCUCACCAUAAAUCAGUAAGCAUACCACCAGGUUUUAAUGCCAACGACAUGAGGAAGGCUGGGCUCUCCCUUUUCAUUCUUCUCCAAGAUAUCCAUUGGCAUACAUAACACAUCUAUGGUAAAAUCCUCUUCCACAGGGAAAAUACAGCGGUGAGGGCAGCAAGCAGAGGAUAGAGGUGCUAUUUUGAUAGUUUGUCAUCAAUCAAAAACCUUUUUAUUUUUAUUUUUACAAGUUAUCUGACAUGUAGGACACAGAAUAUGGAAGGUGAAUAUUCCUUUUAACGAGAAUAUUUAACGAGAAUAUGUGGAAGUGUUCUGAGUCUUUUUGUUCUGGCUUUGACAGCAACUUCAAGAUGCAAAGAAACCCCAGAUAGAAAAUUUUUUCUGAAGUUGACU